AUGACAAGACCCUCACCUUCCCUUCCCCUCCUUGUUGGGAUUCCGCUGGUUGCCUCGCUCCUCCUCGUUUUCCUCACCUUCCCGUCACAUCCAAGAACCGCUCUUGUCGGCCUGCAGCAGCGGCCUCCUGUGGUCCCAGCAGGUGGCCUGCAGCAGUCUCGUCUCUUCUGGGGCGAUGCUCUCAAGGACGAGGACGAAGACGAGCCUAAGGGAUGGCAUGACAGCGACGAGCGCCUUCAGACCAUGGCCAACGAUGCUCUCGACCUGUGCGAUGAGGUUGUUGUAGGAGGAGAGCAGCAGGAGCCCUCUAGGGUGAAGCACUGCGUCCACCGGGUGGUCCCUCAAGAGCUGACGAGAUUCUGGCAUACGCCAGCAGGGCUGGACGACUGGACCCAGCCCACGAGGAGGAAGGACGACUGGGGGGAGGAAGUAGCAGGAGCAAAGGAGCACAACUACGGGCGAACGUUGCAGAAGGUCAUCGAUCAGUUCCAGCCGCACACGUCAUGGGACGGGAAAAAGAUCUACGAGGACGGGAAGAUCGUUGGUGUCCCUACCUACGAUCGGAGCUCCUUCCUGGGGUACUCGGGGGCUGACAGGAGGGCAAAUAUCCUGUUUGAUAGGCAGGCUGGAAGCCAAGUAGCCUUCAAGGGCUACGACGACGACGGUGCUAAUGUGCUGGGACUCACGAAACCGGAGAAGCGCAGAAGCAGACUGCGGCAAACGGAUGACCCUUUCAUGCGAUACGCCAUGAAAUUUUCCAAGGAUUCUGCGGUGGUUGUCGAGCAACCAUGGGCGUCAGCCAGCCAUCUCUCUACUGAAACGAACAUUGCCGAGGAGGAAGAAGGAGAUCCCGACUCUUACCACGUCACUGUCCAAGGAUUGCCGAUCGGAUGUGACGCGGGGGGCGUGCGUGCUCAGUGGGAAGGAGACCUGAAGGUGUCGGAAGUGAACUGUGGCAAGUAG